AUGGCUAAUAUGCCUCCAGACAUUUGGCUCUACGUUGCCGAUUUUAUCCCAGACAAGGUCAUUUACCAACUGCGAUGCGUCAAUUCUGUCUUCCUGGAGCUCGCCAUCAAUAUUAGGUGGAAAGAGGUCACCAUUUCGACCAAGCAGAUCUACGAAGCCAAGAAAAUCUUGGAUCGAAUUUCCGAUCCAUAUAUCUCAGUAAGAGUAAGGGCGCUUACCAUUCACUUGGCGAGCUGGGAGCCCUCUCAGAAUGGUUUGGUACUCGCCCCUUCCACUCAGCACAACAUCGACUACGCCAGGCGUGAAACGACUAGGAAGUACAAUCCCACCUCUACGAAACUUGGUCUUCGUUCCUCGGACGCUUCAAAUUCUAUCAUGAACUCCCUUCUGAAUACUUGCGCUGGGCUAACAAGCCUACGAAAGCUCACUCUCGACUUUUCAAGCAUCUCUCCGGUGUCAAGCCCGCAACUGGGAUUCGGGUUAUUCAUUCGAUCACUGUGGCCAUUGGUUCGCAAGAAAUUGCGACAUCUUUUUCUCAAGGGAACUGCGCAGGGAUAUUGUACGGUUCUAGCAAGCAGGCCCACGUUCCCGAACUUGAAAGAGCUAGGCAUGGACCUCACAGUUGACCCAAAACUUAUCGGUGAUUGCGAAAAUAGCAAGGCGUCUGUAUUGAUGGAUACCCUUGUACCAUUUCUCGGUAAAGUCAACUCUCGUCUGGAGGCCCUGAGGAUCAAAUCUCAGCCUUGCCAUUCCAUACCCACAGACCUUUCUCAACUCUUCAUUCAGAUGCCCUUCUUCCCUUAUCUUCGCACUCUUGAAAUCCGUAUGCCAUUUAACCAGAACCUUCUCGAUCCUUCUGGCCUAAAAAAUCUCCUUUCAAAAAGUUCUCAUAAUCUUGAAAACGUCUGUCUCCGUCUCAACCCUGCUGGAUUCUCCCUUCCAUGGGCGCUAGAAGGCCAACUUAUUCCAUGGCUAUCUGAUUGUCUGACAGAGCCCCAAACAUUGUCGUGUAUCCAGGUAUUAGAUAUCUACCCGACAGGAGGAAAUUGUGAUAUAGUACUCGGAUACAUUAGACGGGCAUCUAAGCAUCUUAGGUCGAUCGUUAUUCGCGAUCGGUACUUUGAAGCAGACGAAGUCAAUCUAAUCAUAGACGCAGCUUCGCACUGCCCUAAUCUGAUAUCUUUGCACCUAAAUAUCUGGGAGCUAGAUAUCAAUCUGUUCGAUCAGCUAUACAUGAAGCUUCCGCGAUUAGAAAGCUUGCGGCUUUCAACUGUUGAUUCUUUUGUCGACGGUUAUCCUCGUUUGUUUGUCAACAAACUGGGGGACAGAUGCUAUAAUGGAUGGAAGCUGGCAGAUAUCUCUUUGUGCUAUGGUGAAAGGGAGGUCGAUUCCCGAACUAUGCGUGCACUGGCAAGGAGCAUUCCUUCAGUGAGAAGUUUCUUUGGUAGGGGCCAUAUGCGAUUCGAGCACCAUUGA